AUGCCCACGAAUGGCAUCCACCAGGUGCUCAAGAUCCAGUUCGGGCUCAUCAACUGCGAGAGCCGCUACCUGACGGCCGAGGCCUUCGGCUACAAGGUGAACGCGUCGGCCGCCAGCCUCAAGCGCAAGCAGAUCUGGACGCUGGAGCAGGACGAGGCCGACGGCUCCGUGGUCUUCCUCAAGAGCCACCUGGGCCGCUACCUGGGCGCGGACCAGGACGGGCAGGUGCGCUGCGAGGCGGAGCGGCCGGGCCGCGAUGAGCGCUUCCGCGUCAUCACGCAGUCGGACGGGCGCUGGGCGCUGCAGUCAGCGCCGCACCGGCGCUUCUUCGGCGGCCGCCAGGACCAGCUCUCGUGCUUCGCGCCCAGCGUCACCGAGGGCGAGCUGUGGAGCGUGCACCUCGCCAUGCACCCGCAGGCCAACCUGCUGAGCGUGAGCCGCCGCCGCUACGCGCACCUCAGCGCGCACGAGGACGAGCUGGCCGCCGACAGCAACCUGCCCUGGGGCGUCGAGGCGCUCAUCACGCUCUGCUUCCAGGACAAGAAGUACUGCCUGCGCACGGCCGACGAGCGCUACCUGCGCUGCGACGGCGCCCUCGUGCCCGAGCCCGGCGCCCGCACCGCCUACACGCUCGAGUUCAAGGCGGGCAAGCUGGCCUUCAAGGACUGCGAUGGCAAGUACCUGGCGCCCACGGGGCCCACGGGCACCCUCAAGUCCGGGCGCAGCUCCAAGCCGGGCAAGGACGAGCUCUUCGACCUGGAGGAGAGCCACCCCCAGGUGGUGUUCACGGCCGCCAACGGCAGAUACGUCUCCAUCCGGCAAGGCGUCAACGUCUCUGCGAACCAGGACGAGGAGCUGAACCACGAGACCUUCCAGCUCCAGAUCGACGGCGACACCAACAAGUGCAGCCUGCACACCAACGCGGGCAGCUACUGGACCCUGGUGGCCCACGGGGGCAUCCAGGCCGUGGCCACCGAGGCCGCCGCCAACACCAUGUUCGAGAUCGAGUGGCGCGGGCGGCGCGUGGCCCUGCGCGCCAGCAACGGCAAGUACGUGUGCACCAAGAAGAACGGGCAGCUGGCGGCCGUGAGCGACGCCGUGGGGGACGACGAGGAGUUCACGCUGAAGCUCAUCAACCGGCCCAUGCUGGUGCUGCGCGGCGAGCACGGCUUCGUGUGCCACCACCGCGGCUCCAACCUGCUCGACUCCAACCGCUCCGUCUACGACGUCUUCCGCAUCGUCUUCAGCGACGGCGCCUACCAGAUCCGAGGCCAAGGGGGCAAGUUCUGGUACGUGGCGAGCAGCGGCGCGGUGUGCAGCGACGGCGACCUCUCCGAGGAUUUCUUCUUCGAGUUCCGGGAGCGCGGGCGCGUGGCCAUCAAAGGGAAGAACGGGCGCUACCUGCGCGGGGACGCGGCGGGGACGCUGCGUGCCGACGGCGAGGCCGUGCUGCGCGCCACGCUCUGGGAGUACUGA